AUAUUUUUUAUAUAAAUUGAAAGUCAGGAUGAUAAAAAUACAACAUUUCAUAUUCAACUAUCACACAGUUAAUCAACAUGAGAUCUCUUAUUGUAUUUGCUGUUGUAGCUGUAGUGAUUAGUCAAUGUGUAUCAUACCGAAUUCGUCGAGGUGUUGUUCACUCCCAGCACCAUGAAAUUGGCGGCGGUGAAGGUCAUGGAGCGACAUCAUAUCAAAACGUCCACAUAGAAAAUUACCAUCCAGUACCUGUUUAUAUUAAAAAGGGACAUGGAGAAGAAUCCAAACAUAAAAUUGGCUCCGUAGAACAUAAUGUUAAAAUAUCCCAUGGUCAUAGUAAACAUGAUCAUGCACACGCCAUUAUUACCGGCAAUAACGAAGGUCACGGACACGAAGCACAUGGCUACGAAUCUAUCGCUGUUGGUGGAGGUGGUGGUUAUGGUGGACAACAUCUUGAGAAAUCAGGCUUUGAAGGAUACGGUGAAAAUAACUUAGAACAUGCUAGUCUUGAAGGUGGUCAUUAUCAACAACAACCUGCAGCUGAAUAUGAACCACAAUAUGCAUCUGAACAUGGACGAAGUUAUGAACAUGAAGGUGGCGAACAACAACAAGGAUAUGCAAGCUAUGAAGGUGCCGAACAACAACAACAAGGAUAUGGAUCUUAUGAAGGUGGUGAUGAAUACGCUCAAUUACAAGGGGGAGGACAUCAUUAAGAGUUUGUUUUAGGUUCUAAGUUAUUUGUUAGCCCAUCAGUAUUCCUUUUUUUCCGUAAAGGUGUGAUAUAAGACUUGAUUAAUUA